UAGUUCUCUAACUAAUAAAAUGGUUAAAUGUUGUUUAAAAUUUGAUAAUUCUCUUCAAACAUAUUGCAGUGGUUCCCUUAUAACGGGACAAGUUAAAAUAAUACUAGAUAAUGCAACAGAAUUUCAAGGUGUUCUAUUGAAAAUUAUUGGAAAAGCUUAUGUUAAUUGGUCUGAAGCUGAUCCAAAUAAUUCUACUUCUAAUCAAGAAAUUUAUACAUCAUGUGAAAAUUAUUUAAACUCAGUAAUUUAUUUGAUUGGAUCCAAUAAAUUUGAUGAAACUUCGACUAUAGAACCAGGAACUCAUAUUUUCAAUUUUUCAUGCAAACUACCAUCACAAUUACCAACUUCUUUUGAAGGCAGUCACGGUUAUAUACGAUAUUCAGCUCAUUUAAUAUUAGAUAGACCAAAAAAAUUAAAUGAAACAUUAAUAACAGGAUUCACUGUUAUAAAUAUAUUGGAUUUAAAUCAUGAAUUUUUAUCAUUAAGGACUCCUACAACCGUUGAAAUUGAGAAAAAUUUUAUGUUUUGGCCAUGUACUAAUAAACCACUUAUUAUAAGAUUAACAAUUCCUCAAACUGGCUAUGUAUGCGGUCAAAAUGUUCAUGCAUCUAUUCAAAUUGUUAAUCAAAGUGCACAAAAAAUUAAUAGUGUAAAAAUAUAUUUAAUGAAAAUCUCUAAAUUUACAAGUGAUUUUCCUUUAACAAAAACAAAAAUCGAAGAAAGAUCAAUUGCAAAAAAUUAUAUAACAGCAAUAAAAAAUGAACCUGAAGAAAAUUUUAAAUGUGAUUUACAAAUACCAUCAACAUCAGCAACAUGCCUUGAAAGCAUUUGUAAAAAUAUACAAAUUCAAUAUGAAAUACGAGCUAAAGCUACUAUUGAAGGAUAUUUAAGUCCAAUUGCUGCAAUACCAAUAACAAUUGGAAAUGUUCCGUUUAUUAAUGCUACAGAAGGUUUAAGUACAAUGUAUAUAAGUACAGAAAAUUCUGAAGAUAUAAAAAGUUUAGAAGUUUUAAUUGCUAAUUAUGGUUUACCUCCCCCUACAUACGAAGAAGCAGUUGAAAUGGAAAAAGUUAAAUUUAAUUGUGAUGAAGAUAAUUGUUAUAUUCAAUUAGAAUAUAUACCUAAAUAUCCAGUUUAUAAUUUUAAUAAACAUGAAAGAAUUGUUCAAUUACAAUAAAUUUUAAUUUAAU